CAAAAACAAAACAUAUUAAGUUGGUAAAACCUGAUUGUACAUUGAGCAUACUUAAAAACCUGGGGCAACACCGGAAAGACAGGCCACGCCUUCGAGGAGAAACGGGGCAAGCACGCACGGAGCAGCUCAUGAAAGACUUUGCUUUCUGAUAACCUUGGCGCCCAUAGCAUUGGAGGAUUCAUUGAAAGCUUCUCGGGUACACAUGUGUGCAGAUUUUGCCUUGGAGAAAGACCUUUGUUUCAAAUCCUGCAAUGUCAAAUUCUGCCAAACUCAGAAUCAUUCUUCGAGACCAUGACAUACACAAAUUGGACCUGCCUCAUGGAAUCCCUGAGACUGUUACUGAACUCAAGUCGAUGGUGAGAAAGACUUUUGAGCUUAAUCAGGACUUCAACUUACUUUACAAAGAUAUUGAAUUUGGAGAAGAAUAUUUUUCUCUUACCUCAACAACUGCCAUUAAAGACAAGGAUACAAUCAAGGUGGCUUACAUCGUUGAACCUCCCACAGUUUCUCUGACCUUUACCGCAUUGGAAAGUUCCGUGGUAGAAGCAUCAGAAAGCAGCAGCAAUUCCACAACAUUUUCUCCCCAUGUUUCAAAGACAUUCGACGAAGGCAACAGCACCUGCUCUUCAGAAUCCCAAGACACUAUAAUCUUGUCAUCCCCGGAGCACAGUUUUCACCGUUCAAAGCCUUGGCCUAAAGAAUUUCCCAUACCCCACUUUGCAUAUGACACAGAAAUUGUGCUUACUUCAGGAAAUGAAGCUUUCAAGAAUGAUGGAAUUCAACUCAACUUCACUAGAAUCCUUCAAGAUAUUCUUGAAAAACUGGCUGAAAGCAUCUUUCACUAUGUAGCCUACCCAACAGGUGCACAGUUGUCAGAUGUUGCUGAGGCACUGAUUCAGAAGCAUCCCUGCCUUAAGGAACCCGGGUCAUAUAAUGGAUGCUAUGGAUGGCAACAAAGAUUGAAAUAUAAAAUGGGUAACUAUAGGUCUAAACUGAGGGGGCUUGGAUGCCCUGAGCUUGAGGUGAACUCUCUCAGAAAGAAGCGACCACAUGACAGAGCACCUGCAAAGAACAUCAAGAAGCCGCGGAAGGCAGAGGUCAAUUAUUUACCUCCUCAUCCCCAAGGAGAAACUGAGAGCAGUUUAGAACAAGAAAGAGUGGAGCUACUGAACGAAGUGAAAAAGAGAAACAACUCACAAGUUAUCAACACAAAAAUGGCAAAAACAUUUUCCAUCCGAAGGCAAGAAGUUGUUAACCUGGAACCACCAGUCAGUGAUGUCAGAGACAGAUGGCCUGCUCUAUUUAGUGCUGCUCAGAUUAAUGAAGAAUUUAAACGCAUCACCACUAUUCAUCUUGAGGCAACGUUCAUGUCAAAGCUAGACCAUUACUCUUCAAAAAUAAUGUCCCUGGUUUCCACAAGAGGAGGAGCCACAAAAAUGGACAUUCAGCGGAUUAAGAAUAUGCUGGAAGAGGAUCAUUCCAUUGAAAUGAAAAGGGAGGCUGCAAUUCGUUCCUUGGUGGUCUACCUUAAUGAAAAGGAGGAAGAUCUUUUCAAAGAACUGGUGGAUCAAGAUGCUGACAUCACUGGGGAAGUCCUGAAAAUUGUCAUCACAAGAGGGACUACACCAGUUCAUGCAGGAAUUGUGAUCGAGGGAACACAAGUCCUUGGAGACCUGGAUGUACCCAGAGCCUGUGCUUUACUUAUGGGACUAAUAUAUGCCCUCAACAUCAGUUACCCAAAAGGUCUAAAGAACACCUUGGAGGUCUUUCAGAAAGUAUUCUUUGAGCUUGAUGCCCUGAAAGCAAGUCCAAAGGUAAUGUCUUUGAAAAAUAAACUUCUGAUGUAAAAAGGGUGAAAAACUAUUUGUUAGUAAGUGUUCUAAAAAGGGGUGUGAAACUUCAUACCUGGAGGGCCAACGUCCUGCUGGUUUUCCAGAUCUUUAUGCGUUAUCAUCUCCUGAUUACCUGGUCUGGUGUGUUCAACAAGAGUGAGGAUAAAAAAGAAGACAUUUGGGAAGUGAAAGCCUCAAGUUUUUUUGUUUCCGCCAAUGUUCUCUUUUCUGCCUCUGAUUGGCUGAACACACGUGACCAGGUGAUUAUCAGAAAUUGCAACAAGGAAACAUGGAAAACCAGCAGGACAUGAGCCGUUUAGCCUUGAAUUUUACACCUGUGCUUUAAAAAUUGUUACCGUGCUGCUGAGUUUUUGUUGAUGCGCAUAGAGCAGCUACACCCUUAACUGCUGGCGGUUGAACAAAUGUUAAAGUUAAGCAGUUUCAAUAGUAAGCCUAACAAAAACGUUUUAUGUUUGACUUUUGACAGUUUUAUUUGUCAAUGAAGUAUUUCUUUGACUUUAUACAAAAAGCAGAACAAUAAAGAUUGUUAAGGUCGCCACCAUUUUUUUUUUUUUUUUUACAAUUUUUGGAAUCUUUAAUUUCUGAGAAGCAAGGAAAAAUUAGUAUUUAAGUUGGAUUAUCUUUUCUUAAUUUUGUGACAUAUUGGAAAAAAAGAUUUAUGUUCAAUAAUGUUUGUUUUUAUAAUAAACAAUUGAAGCAAGAAACUAGACUGGUGAAGUUGUCUCAACUGAUGUAAUUAAGUUCACGGUGCUGAAAGAAUUGAGGUAACAAUUUGCAUGGACUUUUUUGAGUAAAAGUUUAGCAAAACAAAUACGUUGAAGUAGCUUAAAUACUAUAAUUUGCUGACUUAAAUUCCCCAAAAGCUUUAACUUAAAAAUAAAGAAUAAUUUGUGUUUGUAGGACUACAAAAAUUGAGUUAAUCAAACUUAAAAAGUCAGAGAAAAUUUACUCAAUAUUAACUAGAGUUGGGAUAACUUAAAAAGAUCCAUGCAAAUUGUUACCUCAAUUUUUUUAAGUUGGCCCAGUGUAUUUUUUUUAGAGUGUGGGUACUGGACUGAAGCAUUAGCUCAGUAGUACGAUAUGUCAUAAGGGUGUCAAAUUCAGCUUGAAGAGAGAGACGCUCUUUAUAAAUAUUUGGAGAAGGCGAGACUGCAUAAAACCCUUAAACUUUGAGAGAUCAUGAACACUGGAACGUGGGAAAAUACGUUUUACCUUGCAAAAAAUAAAAGUGGAGCAUUUGGAACUGUUGAUCAGCGAUCAUUUGUAGAAGAAUUGACAGGGAUGUUUAUGCUCCUUUGGGGUCAAAUGCUACAAAUCAGUGUUUUAAACUAGUGUGCCACAUAAAAACUAAUGUGCCAUAAGAGGUUGUCUAUGGAAGCAUUUC